UCAUUUUCCCGCGAUUUCGCCUGCCUAUAAAUAGCUAAAAAAGCAAAAAUUCCUUCAUUUUCUUCCUUUUGUGGCUGAAUUUCGUGGAGAGCAAGGGGGGAGGAGAUUUUCGCGAAAACUUGACCAAUCUUCGUGCAGUUCGUCCCUACUUCUAGGUAUCGAGGUAACUAACACGAUUCCUACCUCUGAUUGUUGUUUCUGUUGCGUUUCUGAAGUCGUUUAUGUGCUCACAGUUUUGAGCUUUUUCUAAAAUUGUCCGUUUUCUUCGAUUUCUUGCUUGGGUUAUGUUCUCUAGGUUCCCAUGAGCCUAAAACCUCUGUCAGUAAACUCUAAUUGUGAUCCAGUUGACAGGGAUCUGAAAAACUGUUUCAAAACCUUUUUGUCUCACAUUUCGAAACUUUAUUGUCGAAAAGUCAUAAUCUGACUUCGUGCCUUUAGGAUUUGUUGUCACGGAUGUCAUGAGGAUCGUUGCUGUCAAAUUUGUUUUCAGAACUGAUAACUUUGAAGUUUUGAGCCUUUAUUUUGGACCAAAAUGCCCCUGGAUAGCCGUAUUUCGGCCCGAUUGUCCGAAAAUUGUUCUGACAGUUUCUUUGCCUUAGUUUUACCCUAAAACUACCUUGUGAAUUGAUUUGAUCAAAGAAAAAGAGCCGAAGCCCUUUUUCCUUUGAGGCCGUGGACUAUUUCCUUUAGGGGGGAGUUUUUCGGUUUCGAAAACUUGUCUUUUCGUACCUGAUUGUCCUAUUCUGAAGCUUUAAUGCUUUGUCUAUCGUUUAUGUAUUGUUUUGCGAUCGAACUAAUCGAUUUUGUUUGGUUUCUGCUUUGUUUUUCUCCGAGGUUCAGUUGAGGGAACUUUGGAAGACUCAGAGAAAUUGUUUGAGGAGAACUUUGUUUGCGAAGCUGGAACAGCUCGAGAUGUCGAUGGUCGACUGGUUCUCGACGGUCUCUCCCUCGGGGGGAUCAGAUAUGAGUUGCUGGAUCGGGAUGCCCCCACCGCUUGGGUGAUCGAUGUUGCUGGUCACCGGGCGACGUAUCGGGGAAGGGUCAUGGAGGACCGGACUGACGAGCGUGGACGUCUGACGAAAGGAGUUCUAUGGCGCAUGGAGUUGAGCUUCAACUUGCCGACUUCAGAUCGUUGUGGGUUUGGCACUGGGAGGUUAGGUUUGGGCAGGCGUCAUGUUUUGUGUAGAGCUCUGAUUCGUUUUGCUUUUGGGAUCGGGCGUACUACUUUGGAGUCACUGCGGCUUCGCGUGACAUGGAGUGCAGCUGAGGCUGUACAGAUGUAUAUAUUGUAUAUCGGAAGAAGUGACUUUGAAUUUGCUAGAGACAAGCAGCAGUGGGAAGUGGCUAUUGUCAUCAAAGAAAAGGAAAGGGAUGCUUCUAAGAGGGCAACGCAUCUGGCAAGCUGCUAUGGAAACAGUAUUCUGAAACAGAUAUUCGAACAACACAACAUCUCUCUACUUUCUUUAUCUUUGCUCAGGCAGCAGGGUUGUAUUUCAGAGGGCAACGCAUCUGGCAAGCUGCUAUGGAAGAUUUAAAGUCAAAAGGGAUGCGCUAUGCUAAACAGGCUCUUCUAUCUGGAUGUUCUGCUGGAGGUUUAUCAUCUAUACUACACUGUGAUGAAUUUAGCGAGUUGUUUCCUAGAACCACAAGAGUGAAGUGCUUAAGUGAUGCUGGAUUAUUCCUUGAUUCUGUUGACGUAUCUGGCCAUCGCAAUUUAAGGAAUAUGUUCAGAGCUGUGGUCACCUUACAUGGAGUGCAAAGGAACCUUCCAAGGAGUUGUACCAGUCACCUCAAUCCAAUUCUGUGCUUUUUCCCUCAGCACUUAAUUGCCAGUGUAAGGACACCACUAUUUCUUCUGAAUGCAGCUUAUGAUUCUUGGCAGGUUCAAGAGAGUGUCGCUCCACCAUCUGCUGACUAUCACUGGAAUUGGAUGGAAUGCAGAAAAAAUUAUGCACGUUGCAGUUCACCACAGAUACAGUAUCUCCAAGGUUUCCGUAGUCAAAUGCUUAGAGUUACAAGAGGCUUCUCAAGGGCUCGUAAAAAUGGGUUGUUCAUAAAUUCAUGUUUCUCGCAUUGCCAAUCUGAAAGACAAGAUACAUGGGGAUUGCAGAGUCUGUUGGGAAUUGGUUUUUUGACAGAAGUAGUGUCCAGGCUAUCGGUUGUGCUUACCCUUGUGACAAGACUUGCCAUAAUUUGGUUUUCAAGUGAUAGACCACCAAAGUAUCAUUCUUUUUAUAACUUUUCUACUGCCCUUGUAUUGCAAAUGCAUCAUUAGAAUCUCAAAGAAAAAAGAAAAAGAAAGAAAAGUCAUUGCCAGGGAAUACAAGCUCUGAUAUAUUGUCAAUUUGUCACAAAAAUCAUAAUAUUCAUUCAUACAAACACAACCAGUGGAUUGAGCUUAAUCAAUUCUCUCAUUGAAUCAAUAUUUUUGUAUGUGCAUCCCGGUUCCUGUCUGUGGAACUUCAUUUACAUGGCCUGUGUUCACAGUGACUGAGGAGUUUUGCUUUUGUAUCAUCCCUCAUCAGGAUAACAUUAUCCUAUUAUGUUAUUAUGUACAUAAUUAUUUACAUAUUGUUAUCCUCUUUGUAUUUAAUUAUACUUGUUGAAUUGAUGAAAUAGCGUUUUGCUA